AUGUUGAUUGGAGGAGACUUAUAUCCGUCCGUCAUUCAAUCUAGAGCUGACAUUAUACAUACCGAGGGCCUACCAUCAGCGAUGAAUACACAGUUAGGUUGGGUCAUAAUUGGCGCGUUACAGAAUAACACACAUACUCCUCUUACUUCCCUGUCAAUUAGUACAACCCCUCCGAUUGAAGAGUUGAUGCAGCGUUUUUGGACAGUAGAGGAGCCCACAGAGUCUACAAUGCCAACUACACAAGACAAGCAAUGUGAAGAUUGGUUUGUUAGAACCACGAAACGAGACGCCAUCGGUCGAUUUUAUGUUGGUUUACCAUUUCGAACGAUAGUAUGUUCCACCGACAUCGGAUGUCAAGAUGAGAAGUCGGUCGUUUUAGGGUCAUCCAGAACUUCAGCUCUUAACCGACUGUAUAAUUUAGAACGUCGCCUUGAGAAGGAUUCAGCAUUGUAUACGGCCUACCGGGCCUUCAUGAACGAUUAUAGAGCGUUAGGACAUAUGAAGUUAGCGACUGAGCCAGGCAAAUAUUUCAUACCACACCACCCAGUAGUUAAACGUUGUAAUGAAGAACUGAAGAUUCGUGUGGUGUUCGACGCCUCGGCUACGUCUUCAUCAGGAGUCUCAUUAAAUGACUGUUUGGUGACUGGACCAAAACUUCAGACUGAAAUCGGUGAUGUCUUGUUGCGCAGUCGUCUACACAAAUUUGUUUUUACUGCCGACAUAACUAAAAUGUAUCGGCAAAUAUGUCUACAUGAACAAGAUAAAGUUUAUCAGCACAUACUAUGGCGCAAUUCGCCUAGUGACAAAGUGCAGGAAUAUGAGUUGUGUACGGUCACAUACGGCGUAAGUUCGGCUCCGUUUUUAGCGAUUCGAUGCCUUCAACAGCUCAACCUGGAGGAUGGACCUGAUUUUCCACUCGUCAAGGAUGUCCUGUUAGCUGAUACAUAUGUAGAUGAUAUUUUUGUUGGCGCUGACACUGUGGAGGACAUUUUAGAAUCAAAAAUCCAAAUCAUCGGCUUGCUAAAUCGAGGUGGAUUUAGCCUGAAAAAAUGGGCUAGCAAUUGUCCCGAGAUCUUGAACACCAUCGAAAUUGAAGACCGUGCUGUGACACCGUGGAUAGAGCCAACCAAGGAACAGGCAGUCAAGGUUUUAGGAGUUCAUUGGGACCCUGUACUUGACACAUUCGGCUAUCAUUCGACGAUAGAUCAUGUCACUCCUACAAAACGGUCAGUAUUAUCAACUGUUGCUCGUUUUUAUGAUCCAAUCGGCGCGUUGGGUCCGAUGGUUUUCUGGGCGAAGUGUUUAAUGCAGACAUUAUGGAUGGAUAAAUUAGAGUGGGAUACACCACUGUCUUCAGGUCUGACGUCGAUGUGGCAAGGUUUCAUCGAUAAACUUCCUGACUUAGCAUGCUUGUCGCUGCCACGACACAUUGCAGUAGUUAAUAGUCAAGACAUACAAUUACUAGGAUUCGCUGACGCGUCUCAGGUUGGAUACGCAGCAACAGUAUAUUUGCGAGUGGUAGAUCAGGAUAGUAAUGUCAGAGUGUAUUUUUUAGCGUGUAAAACAAAGGUUGCACCACUGAAGUCAUCAUCAGUGGAUAUAUCGUUAACCAUACCUCGGUUGGAGCUUUGUGCCGCGCUCCUGUUGUCGCGUUUACUGUCUCUACGUUUGAAAACCUUACGGGACAAAGUCAAGAUUACGCGUGUCCGGGCAUGGACAGAUUCAACCAUUGUUUUAUCUUGGCUCACGGCCGAACAGAGGCUAUUCAAAAUAUUCGUCACUAACCGUGUAUCUAAAAUACGAGACCUCGUACCCCAGUGCGAAUGGGCACACGUUGGUACUUCAGACAAUCCAGCUGACCCGGCAUCACGAGGGUUGCUGCCAGAUGCUUUGGUAGCAUGCUCAUCAUUUUUACAUGGACCGAUAUUCCUUCAUUACCCGGAAUGUCAGUGGCCAGUUGUAACUACAUCAAGUAUAAAUCCUGAAGAGCUCCCGGAAUAUAAACGCCCAUCAAAAAAUGUAUUUUUAACCCGACAGGUUGAUUCUAGCUUGAUCCAACGUUUUUCCGUGCUGCGCAAAAUGCAACGGGUGUUAGCAUACUGCCUGCGGUUCGCUGACAAGGCUCGACAACGUACGGUUGUGAGUGGGCCAAUCACUUGGCAAGAGUAUGAGAGAGUAUUGAUGAAGGUAACAAUGUAUACACAAAGGUUAUAUUACUCAGAUUUGUACCACCAACUAGUAACGUCAAAUUCUAUCGUCACCCCGAGCUCCCUCGCUCAGCUUGCACCCUUCGUCGACGCUCAUGGUAUUAUUAGAGUAGGCGGUCGUUUGCAGCAUUCGGACUUGAACACCGACGCCAAACACCCUAUUUUGUUGUCGAAAUCGUCUCACCUUGCUCAGCUUAUUGUCCAUCAUUACCAUCAUAAUACUUUACAUGGUGGAACGCGUUUGGUAGCUUCGUUAAUUCAGCGCCGUUUCUGGAUCGUUUCGAUUCGCGCUGCGAUUCGUCAAAUAAUAUUCAAGUGUACAGUGUGUAUUAGAUACAAGGCCGCAGCUCCCCAACCAUUUAUGGCAGAUUUACCAUCAACAAGGGUCCAACAAUGCCGACCAUUUGCCAACGUGGGAAUGGAUUAUGGAGGUCCGUUCACCAUUAAGGAGAGUCAACGCCGUAACUCAAGGACGCACAAGGCAUAUCUUGGGUUAUUCGUAUGCCUAUCUACCAAGGCUGUGCACUUGGAGGUUGUCACAGACUUGACAACAGAGGCAUUCCUAGCGUCUUUCGAUCGAUUUGUAGCUCGACGAGGGAUUCCGGUGCAGAUUUAUUCCGACUGUGGAACUAAUUACGUUGGCGCAGCGAAACAACUCAAGACAUUAUUCCACGACGCAGCAACGAAGGAAGCACUUCAUGCCCGAGUUCCAUGUCAAUGGAGGUUCAACCCGCCUGCAGCUCCGCACUUUGGCGGUAUUUGGGAAGCUGCUAUUAAGAGUACCAAGUUACAUCUAAAAAAGGUAGUAGGUAAUCAGGUGUAUACUUUGGAAGAGUUAAUGACGCUAAUCACACGUAUUGAAGGUGUACUCAAUUCUCGGCCAUUAGUCGCCAUGUCAACCGAUCCGAACGAUUUAUCUGUGCUAACGCCAGGACAUUUCCUGAUCGGACAACCUAUACUGGCGAUUCCCGAACAUGAUAUCAGCGAUAUCCCUCAGAAUCGCCUCAAGCGGUGGCAAUUAGUGAGACAAGCCCUUCAGUCCUUCUGGAAACGAUGGAGUCGGGAAUAUCUCCAUACGCUGCAAAGUAGACAAAAAUGGUUCCAUCAAAAUCCCAGUCUCGGUGUCGGAGAUGUCGUCGUCAUAAAUUCACCUUCUCGACCUCCGUUGAUGUGGCAACUGGGUCGAGUCAUCGACGUCCAUCCUGGUGCUGACCAAGUGGUUCGUGUAGCCACCAUCAAGACAGCAGAAGGGAUACUGAAACGCCCGGUCGUAAAGUUGGUCAAACUACCUACUGACAACGCUUAA